UACUCUUGGUGUUCCUAGCUCUCGCAUUAAAGGUAAAAUCUUGAAUUUUCCACCAUGGUAGGCAGAACUUGGGGCCAGCGCUCCGCCAUAUUGUUUUUCCUGUUUCGGUUUCCGUUUUUGGCCGACGUUUCAUAACCUAAAAAAAUUCAAAGCCGUUUGUUUACCUCCAGCCUGUUAUACCUAUUAGCGCGUCAGGCUGAAUCCUUUGGGUUUCAGACCGCUUUUGUUGUACCUAGGGUGUGAUGAUAAAGAAAGUUUUUCUGUUUUCUAGCUGCAUAGUUUCGACUCACUAGUUGAAGGAUAAACAUCUCGUGUUUGGGUCUUCCUUUUUCUGCGAUCACAGUACUUGGUGGUUUUCUUUGGUGUGUUUUGACCUUUGCUUCGCUCCUCUUGCAAUGGACAACGAUAACGAUCAGCAGAGCCGUGACCGGUCUCGCCGGAGUGAACGCGGUGGCGGCCGUAAUAGCAAUCGCUUCAGCAGCAACGAUAGAGACCGCAGCCGGGACAGGAAUCGCGACGACUGUCGUCGGAUCUACGUGUCGAACGUCCCUUAUGAGUAUCGUUGGCAAGAUCUGAAAGAUUUGUUCCGCAAGGAAGUUGGGGAUGUCAGCUUCGUGGAAUUGUUCCACGAUGAAUCGAUGAAGCCUCGGGGUUGUGGUAUUGUCGAGUUUGAAAAGUCCGAGCACGUCCAGAUUGCGCUGGACAAGAUGAAUCGAUUCGACAUCAACGGGCGUCAGUUGGUCAUUAAGGAAGACUAUGGAAACGAGCGGGACAAGUUUGGUCGCGUGAUCCCGAAAUCGUUCCGUGGAGAACGGGAAAACGAUAACGGUCGUCGAGGAGGCGGCGGCGGUGGAGGAGGAGGUCGAGAUCGCGAUGAUGAUCGAAUGUACGUUCCUUCAUCUAUUGGUUCCGGCCGGGAUGAUGGCGGCUUCAAUCCGGAUUUCAAUACCUACGGUCUCAGCAUCAAGUUUUUGGAAGGUCUCGGCAUUCAGGGGCCUCUGCACACCCGCAUCUUCAUCGCCAAUCUUGAUUAUAAAGUCGAUAAAAAGAAGCUCAAACAGGUGUUUAAGUUGGCUGGAAAGGUUCAGAGUGUGGAUCUCUCAGUCGAUAAGGAUGGCAACAGCAGAGGUUUCGCCGUCGUUGAGUACGAUCAUCCGGUCGAGGCCGUUCAGGCCAUUUCAAUGUUCGACCGGCAAAUGUUGUUUGACCGUCGCAUGACCGUUAGGCUCGAUCGUGUUCCGGACAAAACUGAGCUGAACCGUUUGCCCGAAGGUCUCAAGGCUAUUGGCAUCGGUUUGGGUCCCAAUGGUGAGCCGCUCAAGGACGUGGCCCGUAAUCUUCCGUCGAUUCAGCAACAGAACAAUUCUCUUCAGAACAAUUCCAUCCAAAAUGCGGCGCCUACUCCGGUGCAGCCUCCACUCGCCACCAAUCUGCUCAACGCCGCUACUAACAAUCUGUCCGGUUUGAAUUCGAAUCUUGCCGCUCAGCUCAGCAGCGUGGUAGGUUUGACCAAUUUGACUGGAAAUCUGCAAAAUUCGCUUGCCUCCGCUGCUGCUCUCUCUAAUCUGACUGGAUUGAGUAAUUUGAGUGCUGCUGCUGGUGCUGGUGGUUUGGGUGCCAGUCUUGGUGCCAUCGGCGCAUCUGGGGCUUCGGGAUUAGGUGGUCUGGGUUCGCUAACAGGCAACUCUGGUGGUGGCAACGAUAGUUUCAGUCAGAGCUACUCGUCCAGUGCUUUCGGAAACAGCGGAAAUCGUGGCAACGAUUUCGAUCUCGGUUCUUCCAACGUCCGCAACUACAGCACCGCACCAAAUGAUGACUAUGGCCGCAACUAUGGAAGCAUGAACAACGGCAACCGCAAAGCAACGGAUACGAUCAUCAUUCGCAACAUGCCAUCAUCCUGGACCUGGCAAACUCUGCGAGAUAAAUUCCGCGAUGUUGGAGAGGUCAAGUUUGCGGAAAUCCGCGGCCAAGAUACCGGUGUUGUGCGAUUUGCAAAGGAACGUGACGCCGAAGUUGCCAUCAAACUCAUGGAUGGAUCACGUUUUGACGGCCGAACAGUUGAUGUUACUUUCUUCUAAGUGACCAUUAUCUUCCCUCUUCCCCAAUUUCGUGUACGUUCACUUCCAGAUAAACAUUGUGAAACUUAUAGUAGUAGCGGUAGGUGUAGCUCAAGCAAGGUCUAUCCAACUAUCGUAAUCAGUUCUAGAAGCUAUUGUUCUUACAGCGUAGGGGAGGAGAGUUAAGUUUUGGUCGCAGUGGUUCGGGACUCUAAGUUGACUUCAUCGAUUUGUAACAUUUGUUUUCGCUUUGAAACAUUCUCCUAUCAGUUGAGUCCCACUUGUGGGACCUUCAUCGAUCUAGUUUCAUUCGAGUUUAGGUUUUUUUUAGUUGGUUUAAAAUCUCCCCGUUUCCGGCGUUGAUUUUACGUAAUUGAUUCGCGUAUCGUUUAUUCCGCUUUUUCGUUUCUAAAUGCUGAUGGAUAUUUUACUAUGAGCGAAGGCAUUGACAACAAACAGUGGAAGUUUUACAAAUCACCUAGAAUUAGUGGAAAACUAUAUUAAGCAUUACUAUUCCAAAACAUCAACUCGUCGGUUGGCAAUAAAUGUGCUGCCAAUUGCAGCAGGUAGUAUACAACAGUACACAUGGCACAUUGCUUUGAAUUUUAAAACCGAAAUCGGUGUCACAUUUACCACAGGUAGCGUAUGUAGUGAACUACCGGUGUCCGUAGUUUGAUGGCAUCCGCCCAUAAGGUGUUUAAACGGUAAUAAAAAUCAUAAUAAAAAGCCA